GGCGCCAUGUCGGAGCUGGGCUCGGAGGAGUCCGAGGAGUCCGAGGCCCCGGCGGACUUAGGGGAAUAUGAUGGUGAGCGCAAUUCAGAAGGUGAACGACAUGGACGUGGAAAAGCACGACUGCCCAAUGGCGAUACAUACGACGGAGAAUAUGAACAUGGUUUCAGAAGUGGACAGGGGACCUACAGAUUUACAAAUGGUGCUCGCUACAUCGGAGGAUAUCGUCAAAACAAAAAACAUGGCCAGGGCAUAUUUUUUUAUCCAGAUGGAUCAAAAUAUGAAGGAGACUGGGUGGAUGACCAGAGACACGGCUAUGGAGUUUAUACCUAUGCAAAUGGGGACAGCUAUACUGGAGACUGGUUUAAUCACAACAGGCACGGACAAGGUACAUACACCUACAAAGAGAGUGGAUCUAAGUAUGUUGGUGGUUGGAUAAAUGGAAAUCAGGGAGAAGCAGCUGAACUUAUCCACCUAAAUCACCGUUUUCAGGGCAUGUUUUUGAAUGGAAAUCCUAUUGGUCGUGGCAAAUAUGUCUUUGACAAUGGAUGUGAACAGCAUGGUGAAUACAUAUACUCAACGCAGGCUAAAGAGGAGGGAGAAGAAGAGGAGGAACACUCAUUACUCAUUGCACCAAAAUGGAAAGCAAUGGAUAUUAGCAAAGUAACACUCUGGACACCCAGUGUGGAACAACCAACUUCUCCCACAGAAGCCCUCCAAGUAGGAACACCAACAGAAGAAGCAGCAGCAGAAAGAGCAGUAGCAGCUGCAGAGGAAGAAAUGCCAUCAAGUGCAGUCACUGAUGAGUCUGCUGAGGGUGGGGAUGAUGAGCCUUCUUCUCAUGAAGUAUACAGUGAAGCAAAAGAGGCAGAAGAGGAAGAGGAAGAGGAGGAAACCAGAGAGGAAGAAGAAAACAAAGAUGAUCAGGAUGAUCAAGAAUCAAAAGAAACAGAGGAACUGGAUACAACUAAAGAGGAAUAGAGCCAAAAAAGGAAACUUCAGAC